GAUGAGCAGGUGUUCGGCCGGGGUUGGUGGCUGUUCGGCUGUGUCUGUUCCCUGCUGAUACCGGGGAUAGGUGGCUGUGUGACUGCAAGCAAGGGGCCCUGGGAAGAAUCUGCUUAUUUAUCUUUUAAUCGACUAUAAAGAAUGGCUUUUCGGAAUGUGGUUAGAGGAACGCUGUUAAUUGGCGGAGGUGCUGUAGCUACAGUUUUCGGGCUGUCCCAUUUAACAGACAAGAGGAAGGCAAGCAUAACUUCUGUGGAAGCCGCUGAACUCAUUAAGUCAUCCACCCAAAAUGAGCUGCCCUCGAGGGAGGCCCAGCUGCUGACACUACAGAAAACAAAAGAAUUUGAUGUGUUGGUCAUUGGUGGAGGAGCCACCGGCUGCGGAUGUGCAUUGGAUGCAGUCAGUAGAGGCCUAAAGACUGCCCUUGUGGAAAGAGAUGACUUCUCCUCGGGGACAAGCAGUAGAAGCACUAAACUGAUACAUGGCGGCGUCCGAUAUUUGCAGAAAGCCAUAAUGAACUUCGAUAUUGAGCAGUAUAAACUUGUUAAAGAAGCUCUCCAUGAACGUGCCAACCUUCUAGAAAUCGCACCUCAUUUGUCCGCACCUUUACCCAUAAUGCUGCCUGUUUACAAAUGGUGGCAGUUGCCUUACUACUGGGUCGGAAUAAAGGCCUAUGAUCUUGUGGCCGGCAGCCAGUGCCUGAGGAGCAGCUACAUCCUGAGCAAGUCUAAAGCCUUGGAGCUCUUCCCCAUGCUGCAGAAAGAUAAACUGGUCGGGGCAAUUGUCUAUUAUGAUGGACAACACAACGACGCACGGAUGAACCUCGCCAUCGCCCUCACUGCUGCCAGGUAUGGCGCUGCCACAGCCAAUUACACUGAAGUGGUACGCUUGCUGAGGAGGACAGAUCCGGAGAGCGGCAAGGAGCGCGUCUGCGGUGCACGCUGCAGAGAUGUUCUAACAGGGCAAGAAUUUGACGUCAGAGCAAAAUGCGUCAUCAACGCUACCGGGCCUUUCACCGACUCUGUGCGCAGAAUGGACAAUCAGGAGGUCAAAAACAUCUGUCAGCCCAGUGCUGGCGUGCAUAUUGUGAUGCCCGGAUACUACAGUCCAGACAACAUGGGACUACUUGAUCCAGCCACUAGCGACGGUCGGGUGAUUUUCUUUCUACCGUGGGAGAAGAUGACCAUUGCCGGAACAACCGACACCCCAACAGAGGUCACCCACCACCCCAUUCCAACAGAAGACGAUAUCAAUUUUAUAUUAACAGAAGUGCGCAACUACCUUAGCAGCGACGUGGAAGUACGAAGAGGAGAUGUUCUUGCAGCCUGGAGCGGCAUUCGUCCCUUGGUCACAAAUCCCAAUUCCAAAGACACGCAGUCAAUAUCCCGUAACCAUGUUGUCGACGUUGGUGAGAGUGGUCUUGUCACAAUAGCAGGUGGGAAGUGGACCACUUAUCGCUCAAUGGCAGAAGACACAUUGGACGCAGCAAUAAAAGCGCACAAUUUGAAAGCAGGGCCAUGCAGAACCGUGGGGCUUUUCCUCGAAGGGGGGAAGGAUUGGUCCCCCACCCUUUAUAUCCGUCUUGUUCAAGACUAUGGGCUUGAAAGUGAGGUGGCUCAGCAUCUUGCCGCUACCUACGGAGACCAGGCCUUCGAGGUGGCCAAAUUGGCCAAAGUCACAGGGAAGAGAUGGCCGAUUGUUGGGAAGCGGCUUGUGUCGGAAUUUCCCUACAUUGAAGCUGAGAUUAAAUACGCACUAAGAGAAUACGCCUGUACAGCAGUCGAUGUCAUUUCCCGCCGCACUCGCCUAGGGUUUCUCAAUGUCCAGGCUGCUGAAGAAGCCUUACCACGAAUAGUAGAUAUCAUGGCCAAAGAGCUUAACUGGAAGGAGCAAAAGAAAAAGGAAGAAUUGGAAGCAGCAAAGAAUUUUUUGUAUUAUGAAAUGGGAUACAAAUCUCGAUCUGAGCAACUAACGGACCGAUCUGAAAUUAAUCUGUCACCCUCUGACGUGGACAGGUAUACAAAGAGAUUUCAUAAGUUUGAUAAGGACAAGAAGGGAUUUAUCACCAUACUGGACGUUCAGCGUGUUCUGGAGAAUGUUAACGUUCAGAUGGACGCCAACAAUCUGCACGAGAUCCUGAAUGAAGUUGAUCUGAAUAAGAACGGGCAAGUGGAGCUCAAUGAGUUCUUGCAGCUUAUGAGCGCCAUUCAGAAAGGCUUCGUGUCAAGCAGCCGCCUGGCAAUUCUCAUGAAGAGCGCAGAAGAGAACCUGGAUCAAAGAGACCCUAUUCCCGUGCAUCGCAGCGGUGGCGGAGUGUGAGUCUUAUGGGAAUUGGACGCUCGUGGCUGCUUCUGUAUGCUGGAGACCAUUCCAAAGCUGCUUUUUUUUUUUGUUGUGUACACAUGCAGAUUUGGCACCCAGUGUGACAUUGCAAAUAUUUAUAUUUUUUCAAGUAUUCUUUUCCAUGUUAGCAUUUUUACUCUCAGGUGUUUCCAAUACACAGUAAUCCCUAAACUCUCUUUUAUAUAGAUAUAAAAGUGUUGGAGAUGCCUUCAGCUCUAUGUAUGAAGGGGUAUGUAACUUCCCCCCUGUUUUUGAGCUAAUUCAGUGUCUUAACUUUUUGUCUUGGUUUUCAGUUUGAUAAAUUUAAUGAAUGGAGUUUCUCAAUGCAAAGGAAUAUUUUAAAGUUCAUUUAAUAGGGAGAAGAAGCUAGUGUUUAAACAUUAAACUUUUUACAAGUUUGCCUUUUGUUAAAACUGAGAGGUUUCAGUAGGAAACGAUGUUACGGCAAAAAGGUAAUAUCCUAGGCUAGUUCUGAUACCAUUAAAGCCACUAUGCUGGAGUUUUCAUGGGAAAUGUUCAUUUCUAGAACCUAAGUUGGGAACAGCCACAAACAUCACAGGGCCCAUGUACAUCUGCAAUGCAUUUGCCUACCCUGCACUCAGUUGGGUAGAAUUGCAUUAAAAUGUGCUCCUUGCACUUACAUAUAUAUUGGCAGUUGGUGCCAAAAUUGAGCGCUGCUGAGCAGGGAACAUGGUUCUCUCAGCUCCCAUGUAAAUCAGCACAGUUCAGUUGCUUCAAAAGAAUAUGGCAAACAAGUCACUUGCGCUGAAAUGACGCCAGCGAACCCUUGAAAUUAAGCCUGGAAGACUUCAGAAAUAGUGAUGAGCAAAUUUUUUCGCCAGGCAUGGAUACGCAGCGAAUUUCCGCAUUUUGCCAUUGGCGAAUUGUUUUGCAAAACUUCUGUGAAAAUUCGGCGCACGGAAUUUUUUUUUGUCGCACGUCAAAUUGGGA